AUGAAUCCCCAAAAAUUACCAGCCCAGCCCUCGUUCGCGACUGUAGAACAACUAAUCAUACGCGAGAAGCGGGGAAACUGCAUACCGAUCUUUAUCCAGCUACCAGCAGAUCUCAUAACGCCAUGCAUGGCAUACCUUCGUAUAGCGAGAGACUCUAAAUACAGCUUUCUGCUCGAGUCUGUCAUCGCUGGAGAGAACAUUGCACGGUACAGUUUCGUUGGUGCCGAUCCACUGAAAGUCAUCAAAACUGGUCCAAACGAGGAGACCACCGGUGACCCCCUUACGGCUCUCCAGCGCGAAUUAGCUGUCCAUCAAUAUAUCAAGAUUCCUGAGAUCCCCACUUUCACUGGUGGCGCCAUUGGUUAUGUUGCAUACGACUGCAUCCAACAUUUCGAGCCCAAAACUGCUCGGCAGCUGGAAGACCCUUUGAAUAUCCCCGAGUCGAUAUUCAUGCUUGCGGACACUCUACUUGUCUUCGAUCACCUCUUCCAGUCGAUCAAGGUUGUAUCGCACGUCUUUUAUCCGAAGGAUGCAGGUGCAGCCAACCUAUCUUUCGUUUAUCAAACGGCAGUAGCAAAGGUUAGACGGCUGGCAAAAUCGGUGCUAAGCUCGGUGACGCAGGAAGUUCCGCAACCUCCCAUCGUCCUGGAUAACGAGGCUACGUCCAAUGUGGGAAAGGAAGGAUACAAGCAAUUCGUGACGACUUUGAAAGAACAUAUCAUAGCAGGUGAUAUAAUACAAGCCGUCCCGUCUCAGCGGCUGGCUCGUCCAACGUCUUUGCACCCAUUCAACGCCUACCGUCACUUGCGUCAGGUUAAUCCCAGUCCGUACAUGUUUUACCUGGACUGUGGAGAACUUCAGAUCGUUGGUGCCAGUCCGGAGACCCUGUGCAAAGUGGAAAGCAACAAAGUAUUCAACCACGCUAUUGCAGGCACCAUCAAGAGAGGGAAGAGUCCAGAAGAGGAUGUAAAGUUGGGAGAAGAGCUACUGUCUUCUGAGAAGGACCGUGCCGAACAUAUUAUGCUUGUUGACCUGGCUCGGAACGAUGUGAACCGUGUGUGCCGACCAGAAACCGUCAAGGUUGACCACCUCAUGCAGGUGCAAAAAUUCAGCCACGUCAUCCAUCUGACGUCGCAAGUAUCGGGGAUGCUACGCGAUGGUUUAACAAGAUUCGAUGCUUUCCGAUCCAUAUUCCCCGCAGGAACUGUGUCUGGUGCACCAAAAAUCAAAGCUAUAGAGCUUGUUUCUGGCUUGGAACAAGAACGUCGUGGAGUUUAUGCGGGUGGCGUUGGUCGAUUUGACUUUGCCGAUGAUGAAAUGGACACAUGUAUUGCUAUUCGUACCAUGACCUUCAAAGAUGGUGUUGCAUAUCUGCAAGCAGGGGGUGGUAUCGUAUUUGAUAGCGUCGAGGAGGACGAAUAUGUCGAGACCCUCAACAAACUGCAAGGUAAUGUACGGGCGUUGAAAGAGGCUGAACGAUACUGGUAUGAUUUGCAGCAAGAACAAGCAAAGGUUGCAAAGUAG